UGUGCGCAGGCGGGAGCAACCUCAGAGCUUCGUUCCAUUCGUUUUGGAGUUCUUUCGAGAGCGAGAAGGAAAACAAUCUUAUCAUUUUUGUGGUCUGGGAAGAAAAUGCGUCCCCCGGUGCAUUUCACUCCCCUCUGCUGGGGACUCAAAAGAUCUUAUGUAACUACUAAGGAUGCAAUAAUAAAAAGAGUAAAGUGGUCCUUGGAAGUUUUUCCGGUUUGGAAGAUCUUCUAUAUUACAAAGUAUCAACCUAGAACGUGCUUAGUGGCAUCCAUACAUUCUUCUACUGCUUUAUUUUAAAGAGUUGCAAAGAAACAUGCCUUCAUGUCUUACUUAGCCUCAUGUCCUUAAAUGUACAUUGUAUUACAAUAUAGUUAUUAUUAAUAAGAUAACUUCAUAUGUUCAGAUUCAUUUUUUGAAGAAAUUUUGUUAUUCUGGUGGAGGAAUUCCAUUUUUUUGUUAGUUUAAUUCUCAUCCUACUUUUUCUCCCUUCUAAUCUGAUUGAUUUUAUCAGUAUUAAUGCACAAGGAUUUUAUUAUAUCUCGGUAGCUAAUUGCCUUCCUUCUGUUGCAUAUAACAGAUAAAUUGAGAAUUGAAGUGUCAAAAUCAGGUUUGGAUUAUCUGGGGAUGGACUUAUAUGCAGAUAUGUGCAGCACAUUCUCUAUUUUUUUGUGAGUCAAACUUGCUUAGAUCAAAUUAACCCCUAAUGGAGAACCUGUGAGCUUCUAGUUUUGCUGUAUGGUAACUCCCAUCAUCAUUAAAAUGGACUACAUUGGCUGAAGCAAAAUCCUGAGGGUAUGUGUUCUUUACCUUUCAAUUAAUCCAAUUGCAGGAGUGGUUUGCUGACUCAGAUGAGCAGAAAAAUUAGUGUUUCCUCAUAUUUAUGCCAUGCCUCUGCCAUGAGUUGUAUAGGACAAGUUGAUGUCUUGGAUGCUUGGAAUUUCUCCCUCCACCUUUGUUUCCUUUUAAUUAUGACAGAGGGUCAAAGAGCUCAGCCUCAGAGUGGAGAGCAAGGCUGAGUGUUGAUUGGCAUGAACAGCUAUCAUAUAGAGCCCACCAAAAUUUUACCAAAGUGUUCAUAGUAAGACCUUCAGGUCUCUCACCCCAUAUUUUGUUCUGUUAUUCUUUUUCCCCUAAGAAGCAGAAAGAAAGUUCCUCUGCUACCGCCAUUUGAAUUUGGUCAUUCCCUUCAGAAAAAAUAGCCAAAUUAGCAAGAUGAGCUAUUUCUUCCAUUCUUGUUUACUAAUUGUCUGAAGGGGCAUGGGUAUGCAAACAAGCAUUUCUUGCACUCUUUAAAGCAGUCACAUCUUUUUCUAGAGUUUUUAUGAUCUUGCAGUUAAAAAUAGCUGCUAUAUUUGCACUCUGUUCCAAACUGGGUUUGGGGAAUCAAAUACGAAGCACAGAAAUUAUCCAGAAAUUACAUUUCAUAGAUACUUUCUACCUUCUGAGCUUAAUAUUGGUUUUACCACAUUUCUAAAAUCUUUCUCAUUCCAAUCAAGUUCAGAUUGCUGAGCUCUAGUUCAAAUAAAUCCAUAGUUUAAUGGCAUGAUGAUGCCUAUACUAGGGCAGAAAAAUUCAGCCCCCAAGGAAAUAUUUCCUUUGUCUGGAUAAUCUUUUUCAUGGCGUCACUUCUUGGCACAGUAAAAAGGCCAAGCUGUCCUUUCUGACAAAACUAAAUUGAGGUGUGGGUGGCUGACUGGAGGGCUGGCUAGUUUUAAACCCCAAGGAUCUUAAAAAGUUCAUUUUAAUUCAGAGCUCAUAUGUGCUGGAUAUAUUUUCUUUUCUGGAGUUUCUCUUUCAGCCUUUAUUUCUUAGAUAAAAAAGGCACUGUCAAGAUGAACGAGACAUAACAUGUUGAGACAGUUCAGUAUAGCUGCUAGAAGAAACUGGCCUGGAGUUCCUUUGUUUUCUACAAAUCUGCUAUUAGAACGCCAAAUGCGGGGGAAAAAAACCCUUCUUUUCAGAGGAUCAUCUGUCUUGUGGAUAGUAACCUUGACCGGACUCUAUCUUGCAAGUGAACCUCACUCAACCCAGUUGUGCUAGCAGUUGUUCCGAAAGAGCUAAUAGUUCCCAGCUGGGAUCAGGGAUAGCCAGGCAGGAAGUAACUAUUUGGGUCUUUGCCAGUAACUGAAGAGACUCACAGUCUUAUCACAGAGAACUGUGGAAGGAUGCAAUAUGAACCUGAUGCUAUUGUGAAAGGCUGGCUGCAGAGAGAGGUCCGAGGAGGUAUUAAAACUCCCUGGCUGCGUCCUCGCAAAUACUGGUUUGUGUUGACAGAAGAUUCCCUAGACUACUACAGCGGGUGUGAGGUGAGCGCCCAACGCCUUGGAUCCCUUGUUCUCACUAGCCUCUGCUCUGUGCUGUGGCCUGACAAGCAAACCUAUAAGGAAACAGGCUACUGGGCAGUGACAGUUUUUGGCAGAAAGCACUGCUACCGACUCUAUACAGAACAUUUAAAUGAAGCUGUACACUGGGUUUGUGCUUUGCAGAAGGUUAUCAUCAGCAAGGCCCCUUUGCAGACCCCCACACAACUCCUCAUGCAUGACAUUGAGGAGAACCGCGACAGCCCAGAAAUCUUGGAUCAAAUUUAUCGCAAUAAUCCCAUCCUAUGUUAUACAGCUGGCCCAAUUUAUGCACCUCUUCUGCCCUUCCCUUAUGCAGCUCAGGGUGGCCAAGGUUAUGCAGGGCUUCGUGAUGAAGCUGUCAAACUCUUCCAUUCACUACAACAGCUUGAAGAAAUGCGAGAUCCAAUCCUUCUCAUGCAGGGGGUGCUGCAAACUUGCCAUGACCUUCCAGCCCUAGUGGAUGAAAUAUUCUGCCAACUGGUGAAACAGACAACAGAGCCACCUAUUACAGGGGCACCCACAGAUUUGCGCUAUUGGCAGCUGCUUGUGUGUAUGAGCUACACAUUUAUACCUUCUAUGCCUAUACUCUGCUAUUUGCAUCUGCAUCUACAGCGGAUGGAGAAAUUGUUCCCAAGAUCACCAGUGACCCACUAUGGACAUUUAAUCACACAAGCUCUGCACAAAAGCAAAGGGCGGGAGUGUGUGCCCUCCUUGGAUGAGAUUGUAGCACUAAUAGGAAGCCAGGAAAUCCCACACUCCAUGCAUUGUACUGGUACUACCACCUAUUAUGUGGCCAUCACAUCUAAUGCUACAGCCCAGAAGGUGAGCAGAUUACUUAAUUGGUGAGAUGCAAAAAAGGCUGCACGUAGGAUAUAACUGAUGCUGGCAAUGUAACUUUUAUCUCUUCUUGGAAAUAGCAAGUUCUACAACUCUAGUUUCUUACCAACAGCCAGGAAUUAGGCUUAUAUAGUGUGUUUCCCCGAAAAUAAGACCCAACCAGAAAAUAAGCCCUAGCAUGAUUUUUCAGGAUGCUCCAAAGCCUCCAAAAAUAAGCCCUAGUUAAGAUUGUCAGCCAGGCAGAUGCAUUUAGUACCAUAUUUCUACGAAUAUAAGCCCUAACCAGAAAAUAAUAAGCCACAAUGCAUCUUUUGGAACAAAAAUUAAAAUAAGACCCGGUCUUAUUUUGGGGGAAACAUGGUAGCAUCAUUUAACUAUGUAGUCUGGUAGAACAAUUACAUUUGGCUUUUUAUUCUCCAUAUAAAUUGCUAAAUCAUUUUCUUCCUCUCCUCAUCCCAUUUAUUUUUCUUCAGCAUGUUUGACACUGAUGUUUGCAGCACUGAGUACUUUCCUACUGGACAUUAUUAGGCCUUUUGUCAUCCCUUCCUUUGUCAUCUUAUCCCAGAUGACUCAAGAACUGAUGUUGCAUUUAGGUGUGGCCUGUAUCUCCAAUUCAUUUAUCUUCCACAUGGAGAACUGGCAGCAUAAGCAAUCCUGUUCAACAAAUGUACUAAAUAGUUUUAUCAGGUUUGAAAAAAAUUCCCAUAAAAAUAUGUGUAUCAGUUAUAGCUAAAUUGAGAAAAGGGACCAAGAGUUGACAGUAUGUUUAGAAUCUUCAUUGUAAAACAACAACAACGAGGUAUGGAGCAUGUCUGGCUGCAGCAACCAGUAUGGCAUCAGAUUGGCUUAUAUGAGAGACCAGCUAUCCCCAAUUACAUCUAUCAAUUAGAUUCUUCAGAAGAGGCAUGAUCUGGGUCCCACCUGUAAGGGAAUGCAAUCAGGUGAGAUCCAGGAAGGGAGGCCUUUUAUACCUUGGUUGCAGAUUGUGUUGUCUAAGUUUUUAUUUAAUCAUUUUUAUAUUGUACUUUGUUUUUAAACAUUAUUGGGCAACAAUUAAAUAAUGUAUUUGAGAGAUGAUAUAAAAUAGAUGAAUGAAUGAAUACAUAAAUAAGAGUAGCUUGCUUUUGUAGUGAAGAAGCCUCUCUUUGUCAGGUUGGGAUAGAACUAAGCAAAAUAAAAAUUCGAAUUUGCAAGACUUUAAAGCUAUAAUUUGGAAACAAUGCAUUCUGUAAGUCAAAAACCCCUAUUGUUAACUUUGAAAGGAGAUGUCUGUCCCUACCCCAAUGGACUGACUUUCUUGCCUAAAUGUUCUAGCUAUGGUGGACAGGCAUUAUACUGGAGAUCUUGAAACUAUGGUUCAAUUACAAGGGUGUCUCAAUCCUUUGCAGCAGCCAACAGUGUGCAUUGCUUUUUAGUGCUGGAGAUAAGGGUCAUCCUGUGUGAGAGAUCAAGCCCAAAGUGGAGAAUUUUAUUCCAAAAUUUAGCCAUACAAGCUGUCCACUAGUAAUAGUUUCCUAUCUUUAAGGAGACACUCAGAAUUUGAAGGGCAACUUUGUUAUAUCCCUGCUUCAGUUUUGUAUUAACCUGCUUUAUUCUUAUUCAACACCCUUUAUUCUUCAGCAUCAUAUAAUUACACACUAUUACCUGCCUCCAGGGCCUUUUGUGUUAGGGCAUUGUCUGUUGGAUUUUGGAUCUUCUUUGGCCAAACGAUAAGUAGAGAAGCAAGAACAUCUACAUAGCGGUACCCUGAAGGCCAUUUCUCUGAUGUGGGUCAUCAUCUGUUAAAGAAAUGGAGUAUGGGACAGCUGAAGGCAUGGAAGCCUCUUUGAAUCAGUCUGGAAAGUGAUUAGCUCUGCCCUUUCCAGCUUAUCCUCAGUUGUCCAAGAGAUGGAAGGUAUUUGGAAGGCAGUUAUAUCCUGGGAGGACACUAGUGUUUAUCUGCCUCCAAAGACCUGUUGCUUUCUUUUUUUAGAUGAAGACAAUUCUGCAGCAUCAACAGAUAAGCAUGUUCAGCUUCAAGAACUCCAAGUAAUCACACAAACAGGGAAAUAUUCCCCAAAAUGCCAGUGGUAGAAUUUUGAGUUGACUCCUAUGUAUCCUGGCAGGAGUCUUAGAUCAGCAUAUAUUCUGGUCAUUGAAAGGAAUAAUAGUGAUAUUGUUCGCUCCUAAGGAGCUGAUAAACUAUGUCUUCUAUAUCAGUGGCCCCCAACCUUUUGGGCACCAAGGACCAGUUCUGUGGAGAGAGGUUUUUCCAUGGACCGGAGAGAAUGUGGUUUCGCGUGCCAUGGAUGGGGCUUUGCUUGUUUGCAUGGCCCGGUUUCUGGCAUGCCGCAGAGGGGUGCCAGUCCUCAGACCAAGGGUUCGAGACUCCUGUUCUAUACAGAGGGAUUCUUCGUUUCCAUGACUGUUUUGAUUAAAUACUUUUUGUACAAAGUG